CGCGCCCCGGCCCGGCCGCCAACCUAUCGCGCGCGCGAGAGCGAACGCGAGGGCAUCGAGAUCUCGCAUCGCUCGAACGCGAUGGCGUCAUUCGCCGCACCCGCGCUCGCGGCGCGGUCCGGCGCGUUCGCGCGUCCCGACGCCGUCCGCGCGCGCGGCGCCGCCGCGGCGCGGAUCUCGCGCGGUUUCGUCGCGGCUCCUGGAAAGUCCAACAAGCAAACGAGCAUGCGUCGACGCGUCGCGCCGACGACGCGCGCGGCCGCGUCCGGCGACGGCGAGCGCGACGACCAGCCCGAUAACUGGGAGCUCAAGUACCUGUACGACGGCGGAUGCACCGUGUGCAACUCGCUCGUGAAGCUCCUCAAGUCCAAGCGCGGACACGAGAAGAUCUGGUUCGAAGACAUCGCCGCGCCCACGUUCGCGCCCGAUAAAAACGAGGGCAUAACCUUCGAAGAGGCGAUGGCGACGAUACACGUCAUCAAGAGCAAAGACAACUCGAUCCUGACCGGCAUGGACGCGCUCACCUCGCUGUACGACAUCACCGGCAUGGGGUGGCUGUUCAAACUCGCGAAGCUCCCCGUGCUCUCCACGGCGGCGAACGUCGCGUACAAGAUGGUGUCGAAGAACCGGCAGUCCAUGGGCUCCGCCGCGGACGGCUUGCUCGCGCUCGGGCGGAUCAACAUGGAGGAGAAGGGCGAGGGGAGCUGCACGGACUUGGAGGGGGAGUGUCGGGAGAAGCCGCCGCCGGUGGACGAGGCUGCGGACGCGGCGGCGAAAGCGGCGGAGGAGCGACGGGCGAAGAUCGCCGCGGAGAACGCCAAAAACGCCGCCGCCGCGACAGCUGGCGCCGCCGCGUCCGCCAACCCCGUGGCCAAGACUGGGCAGGGCGGGUUGGAGACCGCGGCGCAGACGCCCGCGGCGCCGACGUCCGGGUCGCUGUCCGACCGUCGCAACAUCCUCGGGGUGUACGACUCGCGCGUGUCUCGAUCGGACAAGCGCGCCAUCCGAGCCGCGCCGGUGGACACGGAAACCGGGCGACUCAUCGACGAGCUCAUCACCGUCCCGCUCGAGGACUCGCAGCUGUCCACGAUCGCGGCGGCGAUGACGUCCAUCAUCAAACACUUCGGGUGGCAAGGGAACGUCGGGAUCGGCCUCCCCGGACGCGAGAUCGAGAUGGAUCAGAACGUCAACGAGACGUUCGACGCGUCGGAUUUCGACAGCGUCGACGGGACGUUCGACGAGCCGCCGUCGCCGGUGUUCAACGAGAAGAAGAAGGCGACGAAGACGGCGAGCGGCGCCGGCGCGAACGCGCGGCUCGCCGACGCGAUCGCGUCGACGAACGCGGAGGUCUCCGGCUCCAGGCAAUCGCGCCUGGAGAUCGAGACGUACCUGCGCAACGCGACGGGAAGGGACGUCGUCGUCAUGUCCGGCCCCGAGGCGACGGGAUUCGGCGAGAUGCGGUACGGUCCCGCCGGCGCGGGCGACGGCACGACGGUGUGCGUCACGCUCGGUAAAUCCAUCGGGGUGUCGCUCUUCGACGGCGGCAUCCUCGCUCACAACCCCGCGGACGUGGAGAAGCAGAUAUCGACGUGGAACCGCGGCAGAUGGCGCGACAGCGCGCUCCCGCGGCCGCCGGGGGAGAUGGAGGGAGACGCGGUGGCGACGGACGAAGACUGGGCGCGGUGGGCCGAACGCGUGCAGCACUACCUGUCGAGGAUCGAGGCCGUCGCGCAGCCUGACCGGUUCAUCAUCUGCGGCCGCGCGAGCGUGUCGUUCGAGAAGUGGGUGCCGAUGAUGAAGCCGCUGCCGGGGGCGACGCCGGUGCUGCAGGCGCAGCAGGGGCUCACCGCCGCCGUCGAGGGCGCCGCCGUCGGCGCGUCUGAGAUUUUGACGCUCCGAAGGGACACCGCGCGCGUGCGCGCCGCGAUCGGGCACCAGAAGGGGCUCUCGCCGCAGAAGUUGACGGACGAGCAGGUCGGGGCUGUGUUCGACGAGUUCGACGAGGACGGCUCCGGGACGCUCACGAUCGAGGAGCUGAACAACGCGAUCGGACGCCUCAACAUCAAGCUCACCGACGUCGAGCUGAAGGAGCUCUUCGUCGAGAUGGACAGCGAGGUGACCGGGGACAUCCGCCGCAACGAGUUCGUGGGGUGGUGGAGGGACAGCAUCGGAAGCAGCAGCGUGGAGAUCAUCCACACGAUGGAGGAGUUCAAUCAAGUCCUGGACGACGCGGACGGCACGGAUCAGAUGACCGUGCUCAUGGUGGGCGUGACGUAUUGCAAGCCGUGCAAGGCGUUCACGAAAAAGUACGCCGACUUCGCCGAGCGGUUCUCGGCGGCGCGGUUCAUCAAAGUGUUCGGGAACGAGAACAAGGACAUGACCAUCUUGUGUCGCGACGAGCUCAAGGUGAAGUCCACGCCGACGUUUUAUUUCUUCCGGAACAAGGACCAGGUGCACAUGCACACGGGCGCCAACGCGGGCAAGUUUGAGAAGAACAUCCUGGAGAAGGUGAGAGAGGGAGAGCCGGGGUACGGGUCCGCGCGUCUGUUCGAAGACCCGGUGGAGAAGGAGGGGGAGAAGAAGCCGGCGCCGGCGAGAUAGGCCGACACCGUGCGCGCGACGAGACGCGAUGCGACGUGAGAGCACGACGUGAGAGCACGACGAGCUAGCGAGCGACGUGUUACGAGAGAACGACAAUUUUUC